ACGGCGGCGAGCGGGGCGGAGCUACACCGACUCCCACUGCUGCACAAUCACCAGCCUGGCAAGCGAGGGGGGGGCAGGAAAAGAAAGUACAGCGUCGGACUACAAACGACUACAUUCAUUAUAUUGUGUUUAAAUGUUUAAUGAUUUCAAGUUAUAUAUGAAAAGCAAACAUGAGACUCAGGUCUCAAAAAACCGUUACGGCAUUUCCAGAGACGCCGAGGAGCAACCGCCGACGGUCCAACAAAGCAACGCCGAAACGAACGAGCCUAUCGGUGACCGAGAGUCCGCUCCACAACAAGGUUGAAGAGACCUUGGAUAAUGAUUCAAACCACUCAGAUGAAGACAUUCCCACAAUGACGCGGCGACCGCUGCCCCGUGGCCGGGCAAGGAAGAGAGCCAUCGCUGUCGAGGACAGAGAAGCGGAUUUGUCCUUCAAGACUCCGAUCAGGCCGAUCAUGCGUCAUGAGCACAUCCUGUCAGAGAUUAACUCGGUGACUCCUCGUAACUCAACAGCCAGAAACAUCUACACGCCCAUCGUGCGUUUCCUCACACCCAGCAAAGAGAACGUGAAACGUGCAGGUACAGGAAACAACGUGUUGAUGAGCCCAGAACAAGGUGUGUUUGGUUACGGCUCCAUUGACCUUCUGGCUGGAGACGAGGACGAAGACGUCUUCAGUCCCUUCACCUUCAUCAAGAACAUACCGUCACAGUCCCAACAUUCCCAACCCAGACUCAGAGAUAUUCCCCCCAAGACCAGGAGCACUCCAGAGGCCACACUGGUGCUCGAUCUGGAGGAAACCCUGAUGUUCAGCUCUCUGAACGUGAUCGAGGAUGCAGAGUUCACCUUCCACACAGCUUUCCAGGACCAUCAGUACAAGGUGUACAUGGUCCUACGUCCACAUGUGAGGGAGUUUCUGCAGGCGAUGGCGAAAGUCUAUGAGCUGUUUGUUUACACAUGUGCAAAGAAGGAAUACGCUGAGAAGAUACUCGACGUCCUCGACCCGCAGAGGAAACUGUUUCGGCAUCGUCUGUAUCAGGACGACUGCGCCUGCGUCCUCGGCCACUACAUCAAAGAUCUCAGCAACCUCGGGAGGGAUCUCGCCAAGACGGUGGUUCUGGACAACACACCUCACACCUACCCGUACCACCUGAUGAACACGAUUCCCAUCAAGAGCUGGUCCGGGGAGUCGGAGGACAGAGAACUGCACAAGCUCAUCCCUUACAUGGAGAAACUGUCUGCAGCGGAGGAUUUUCGGGAGGUGCUGAAGAAGAGGAAGGAUCACUUCCACAGGCUGCUGUCAGAGGACUGAUACGACUCUCCAAACCUUCCAUUUUAACUACUUUACUUGACUUUCACAGCUCAUGUUUGCAUUUCUUUUUGCUUUUGGCUGAAAGCAGAAUCUCGCUGGAAUUUGUUAACCUGAAGCCUGUUGCGUCGUGGUGGACCUGCACGCCUCCCAUGUCUCCCUGAUGACUUUAAAGAACGGCAGACUGGUAUUUCAAACAUGCCGGUCCCUCAUCACCAAAACCCCCCUUUUUUUCCCCAAAACACAUUCCACAAGGCAAUAAAGCCAGUGUAUGUGUUUACAAAACUUUAAAUAUGUUGUAAAUAGUCAUAAUUUUUUAAUUUAUUCAUUAUAUUGCUAAUCAACUGCUGUUAACCCUGUAUAUUUUAGAUAUGCUUUUUUAUGCAAUAAAAUUACCCUGAUAAAGGGAAUAUAAAC